UCUUCCUGCUGGCUCUCUUCCGCGCGGCUCUCCCACCAUGUCAGGCCACGCCACCAACCUGAGGGUGAAGCUGCCCCUGCUCUGCGCUCUCCUGCAGCUGACCACGGUCCUCCUCUUCGCCUUUUUCGUCCAGUAUGACAGCCAGACCAGCCCCCGGCUGUGGCACGAGGAGGUACAACUGCACAGCAAAGGCCCCCUGGACCACGACUUCUACCCACGCUACCCAAGCUUCCAAGAUGUCCACGUCAUGGUUUUCCUCGGCUUUGGCUUCCUGAUGACCUUCCUGAAACGCUACAGCUUCGGCGGGGUGGCUUUCAAUUUCCUGAUCGCUGCCUUUGCCCUCCAGUGGUCUAUCCUCAUCCAGGGAUUUUUCCACACCUUUCACAAUGGCAAAAUCCACGUGGGAAUAGAAAGCAUGAUCAACGCGGACUUCUGUGCCGGCUCCGUCCUCAUCUCCUUUGGGGCGCUGCUGGGCAAGACGAGCCCCGUUCAGUUGCUGCUGAUGGCCGGGCUGGAAGUCACCCUCUUUGGCAUCAACGAGUACAUCCUGCUCAGCCUCCUUCAGGUGAAGGACGCCGGGGGCUCUAUGACCAUCCACACUUUCGGGGCCUACUUCGGGCUGGUGGUGUCCCGGCUCCUUUUCCGGCCCCACCUGGACAAGAGCCGGCAGCGGGAAGGCUCCACCUACCACUCGGACCUCUUUGCUAUGAUUGGCACGCUCUUCCUGUGGGUCUUCUGGCCCAGCUUCAACUCAGCAGUGACCGCCCACGGGGAUGACCAGCAACGGACGGUCAUGAACACCUACUUCUCCUUGGCAUCCAGCACCCUCACCACCUUCGCCGUCUCCGCCCUGGUGAACCGAGGAGGCCAGCUGGACAUGGUUCACAUCCAGAAUGCCGCCCUGGCUGGCGGUGUGAUCGUUGGCACUUCGGCCGAGAUGGCGCUGACUCCCUUUGGGGCCCUGAUCGCUGGAUGCGUGGCCGGCCUGGUGGCCACCCUUGGCUUUAAGUUCCUCACGCCCAUCCUGGCUGCCAGGCUGAAAAUCCAGGAUACCUGCGGAAUACACAACCUGCAUGGGUUGCCCGGCCUGCUCGGUGCCCUCCUUGGCGCCCUGGUGGCCGCUCUGGCAACCCCAGAUGCCUACGGAGAGGGGAUGGCAGACGUCUUCCCCCUGGUGGCCUCUGGGCAGCGGAGCUCCACCCGGCAGAGCCUCUUCCAGCUGAUGGGCCUGCUGGUGUCGCUGGGCGUGGCCAUGGUCGGUGGCCUCCUGGUGGGGGCCAUCCUGAAGAUGCGAUGCCUCGCGAUGCCCCCAGACGGUCUGUGCUUCGAGGAUCAAAUCUAUUGGGAGGUGCCCGAGGAACACCAGGAUGGCUUCCAGGUGGUGGAAGCUCUGAGCACGGAGGAGGCAGGCAAGGCCACCCAGGCCUGACAGGCUCCACCGCGGAUGCUGACCUCACCCUCACCACCACCAGCCGAGAAAGCCAUCCGUCCGUUUGGCCU